AUGUCGGACCUGCAAGGGCGCAAAACCUUCAAGGUCUUCAAUCAAGACUUCAUUGUUGAUGAACGGUACAAUGUGACCAAAGAAUUGGGCCAAGGUGCCUAUGGCAUUGUUUGCGCCGCCGUCAACACACAGUCGAACGAGGGUGUCGCUAUCAAGAAGGUGACAAACGUGUUCAGCAAAAAGAUCCUCGCCAAGCGUGCCCUGAGAGAAAUCAAAUUGUUGCAGCAUUUUAGAGGCCAUCGUAAUAUUACUUGUCUAUAUGAUAUGGAUAUCCCAAGACCAGACAAUUUCAACGAAACUUAUCUCUACGAAGAGUUGAUGGAGUGCGAUUUGGCCGCCAUCAUUCGUUCCGGCCAGCCGUUGACCGACGCCCAUUUCCAGUCUUUCAUAUAUCAGAUUCUGUGUGGCCUGAAAUACAUACACUCUGCAAAUGUGUUGCACCGAGACCUUAAGCCGGGUAAUUUGCUAGUCAAUGCCGAUUGUGAAUUGAAGAUUUGCGAUUUCGGUCUCGCCAGAGGCUUCUCUAUUGACCCCGAGGAGAAUGCCGGAUAUAUGACUGAAUAUGUUGCUACCCGGUGGUAUCGUGCUCCUGAGAUCAUGUUGAGUUUCCAGAGUUACACAAAAGCUAUCGACGUCUGGUCCGUCGGCUGUAUCCUGGCAGAGCUUCUCGGCGGUCGUCCAUUCUUCAAGGGCCGCGACUACGUUGAUCAACUCAACCAAAUCCUCCACUACCUCGGGACACCCGCCGAGGAGACCCUUUCCCGCAUCGGGUCACCGCGUGCUCAGGAAUAUGUUCGCAACCUGCCCUUCAUGCCUAAGAUUCCAUUUCAGCGUCUCUUCCCUAACGCCAACCCGGAUGCCCUCGACCUUCUCGACCUCAUGCUUGCCUUCGACCCAUCUCGCCGUGUCUCUGUGGAGCAGGCCCUUGAGCACCGCUACCUCCAGAUCUGGCAUGAUCCUUCCGAUGAGCCUUCGUGCUCGUCCACCUUUGACUUCCAGUUUGAGGUUGUCGAAGACGUCAAUGACAUGCGGAAGAUGAUUCUUGACGAAGUCGUCAACUUCCGUUCUCACGUCCGCCAACAGCAACAGCAAGCUGCCUCUCAAGCCCAGCAGAACCAACAAAUCGCGCAAAACGUCCCGAUCCCAGAACACAACCAAGGGACAUGGAAGCAGGACGAGCCUCGACCGCAGGAAGCCCCGCUUCCAGGUGCACAUCAAAACGACCUAGAGGCAUCUCUCCAGCGAGGAAUUGACUUUAUGAAUUAA